GGCGAUGGCGGCUUGAAUGAGGUAAGCGACUGUGAGCUCAGUGCCUUCCACCUCAGCCAGUUCACUAACUUUCCUCAACAUUCACUGUUAAAGAUCAGCAGCAAGUAGCAAAAAUGGGGAAAUCAGCUUCUAAGGAGUUUUCCCGUGAAGUUUUAAAAACUCACAACGAUUACAGGAAGAAACACGGUGCCUCUGGAUUGAAACUAUGCAGCAAACUUUGCAAAGAAGCACAACAAUAUGCUGAGGCUCUGGCCAGUACCCGGGUCCUCAAACACAGCCCGGAAUCCAGCCGGGGACAGUGUGGAGAGAACCUCGCUUGGGCAUCGUAUGACCAACCCGGUAAGGAGGUGUCUGAAAGAUGGUACAGUGAGAUAAAGAAUUACAACUUUAAUUGUCCUGGAUUUUCCUCUGGUACAGGUAAAUACUUGCGUACCUCAGCAUCAUUUUGAGGAGUGCAGCUAAAUUAUGACAAUGUGACCAAGCCCCCAGCAGACAAACAUUCUAAGAAGCUGGAUCUUUAUGUGUGUAGAAACAACCACUUUCAUGUAUAUGUCAUUUUUAAAUAACACAAAAUAACACAUCAUAAUGUCUUGUGAAUUGAAAUUGUAAAAAUCCAGAAUUUAUUUUAAAAUCUGUGUGACAUCCUGCAUUGUUGUCCAUAGAUUGAAAGUAAGAUUCUCUCACGACUCCAUGCCCCAUUUUAAGGGACACAGUCCCCUGCCCUACUAUCUUCCUCACUGGUUUGUUGGUGGAGAGUUUACAUGUGGCUACUCUGACAGAUUUAUCAUUUGGGACCCCAGCUCUAUCUUGCUGCAUUGCCAGGUAUGCCUUCAAUCACAACUGCCAGAUGCUGACCCUGGGGCCAGAUUUUUCCAUCCAAAUAAGGACAAAACAGAAGUGGAAUGGAGAGGAAAAGUGACCACUAAGUAGCGUGGACGGAAGUGUCACCUCCAUUUGCACCCUCCGCCAUUUUCAGCAACACAGAAAGAGCGCGAGCCUUGGAACAGACUCACACCUAUUAUGAAGCCAACUGAACUUGUUAAUGCCUCAAUAAAAGGCUUGACCUUAGCCCCAACUGAACUGUAUGGGAGAUGACGGGGAUCCAGGAGUUCACACUGAUUACCCCCAGUGAGGGUUUCAGGAGUCCUCACUGAUUACUCCCACUGAGGAUUUCAGGAGUUCUCACUGAUUACCCCCAAUGAGGGAUUCAGGAGUCCUCAUGUAUUACCCUCCAGUGGGGAAGGCAUGAUUGGAAGCAGACUGGCCAUCGGGUCAUUGAUUUUUGGACAUCAUCUGAUCAAAAGGAAGGGUACAGUGGAGAUGGGUGCUGCACCAUUACAAAUGGAAGCCAUUGAAUAGUGCAGCAGAGGCACACACAACAAAAAAGGGACCCUGGGCAUCAGGAGGCCACAGCAGAGAGAUGAAGGCCAUGAAGGAGAAGGAGAUACUUACUACACAGAGCACAGAAUCUACUGGAACAGAUAAAGCUAACUGGCUGUCAUGGUAAACCAAUGCUGAAGGACAUUGCCACUCUCCAGGGAGAUGUUCAUAGACAUCUGUGCCCUCAUCAGUGAGAAACUCACAUCUCGCUCCACUCACAGCCAGGAUCUGCCAGUAUCAGUCACUAUGGCCUUGAAUUUCUUUGCUGCUGGAUCAUUUCAGGGUUCAGCUGCAGAUUUCUGCAGUACCUCACAGUCGGCUGCAUCACGACGGUCACAGACGCCUUCUUCACCAAGGCUGAAGAUUCCAUCACAUUUCCCACUCAUGGGGCCUCCCAAGCUCAGAGGGCAUGGGUUUUGCUGCUAUUUCCAGAUUUCCCCCAAGUCUAGGUUAUUAUUGACUGCACCCAUGUUGCCAUCAGGACACCUGCUGACAGACUAGAGAGGUUCAUCAACAAAAAGGCUUACCACUUCCUAAAUGGGGAGCUGGUUUAGGACUACAGGAAGAAUUUCCUGCAUGUCUGUGCACGCUUUCAUAGAAGCUGCCGUGGCAUUUUCAUUCUUUAACAGUCAACCCUUCUGCAGCUGUUCCAUCCCAUCUUCCCCGCAGGCCCGUGGAUGGAUGCUAGGGAACUAGACCUCUGAGGAGAUGGCUCAUCAUUCCUCUAUGAGCGCCAUGAGCAGAGUCACAAGGACAUUACAGUGACAGCCACCUGUCCACCGGAACCCCUGCUGAACAGUCCAUUGGCCUGCAAAAAAUGUGCUUUCACUGCCUGGGCAACAUGGGUGGCACCGUGUAAUACACACUGCCAGGGUAUCUCGCAUGGUUCUGACCCUUGAAGAGGUGGAGACAGAGGAAGGUGUGAUGUCUUUGGAAGAGGAGGGAGAACAGGACUUGGGAGAGGAUGGGGCAGGGGACAUGGAAGGAGAACCUUCUGCUGUGUAAGAUGGGCCGAGUGACUGUAGAGGUGGCCGGGCCUGGGAUGUCACAACGAGGUCUUUCCAGGAAGCCAUGAUGACAAGGCACAAUCUGACCCCCAGCAAAGGCUCAGCUGAUGAAUUCUGAGGCCUGUGGGACUAACCACACGGCUGUGAAUGCAGUAAACCUGUGCUGGCACAGGAAGGACAACUGUACAUCCAGCUUAUGCAAUCUUACUGUCACAGAGAGAUGGACUACUGCCUGGAGUCUCCACUGUCACCAAUGAGAAGCUAAUAUUUUGUUCACACACUUUUACUACUGUUCAAUAUGAUGUUAAUUAAAUUAUACAACCCACGAUAA